AUGAGUAGAAUGGACAGCCGCCUACUUAGCCUUGCCAAAUUUCAUAUCUUCUGUACUCUGUCACUAGCUGCAAUCAUCUUCAUCAUCUAUGCCGAUAGCAUCAUCUAUAAUGACUCCGAAAAAUCGGUUGAGUUGAAUGAUAAAGCUCCUUCUCCAGUGCUGCUGCAGACUCAUAGUUCUGCAGGCCAUUUGAUCAAGUCUGAUAUAAAUCGCAUAGCCCUGCGUUCCAUGCAGGAAGAGACCCUUGAGGUUGGUAGAGAAAGUCCUCUUGUUCCUCCUUUCAAUGCCACAGAAGAGGAAAGAAUCGCUUGGUUUCGGAGCAAGCUACCCGAAUUUGAGAUUUUCAAAUCAGACAAGUUUGCAAGGCAAUUCCACGGUCGUGUUCUGGAAUUCUUUAACAAGUGUGAGGGGCAGUUCUUUAUGACAUGGAUUUCACCAGUGAGGUCCUUUGGAAGCAGAGAGUUUUUGUCCAUGGAGAGUCUUUUCAGAGCCCACCCUCGUGGAUGCUUGAUGAUUCUCUCGAGAACUAUGGACUCCCGACGUGGUUACAGAAUUCUGAAACCGCUGCAGGAUCGCGGGUUCAAGGUUCAUGCAGUGACACCAGACUUAUCAUUUCUGUUCAAGAACACCCCAGCUGAAGCCUGGUUUGCUGAAAUGAAGGGAGGCAAAAAAGACCCUGGUGAGAUCCCAUUAGCCCAGAAUCUGUCUAAUUUGAUGAGGCUUGCAAUUCUAUACAAGUAUGGAGGUGUUUACUUAGACACAGAUUUCAUAGUUUUGAAUUCAUUCUUGGGGUUGCGAAACUCAAUCGGUGCACAAAGUGUGGAUGUGGCAUCUAAAAACUGGACUAGGCUAAAUAAUGCAGUUCUGGUGUUUGAUAUGAAUCAUCCCCUUCUGUACAAAUUCAUGGAGGAAUUUGCCUUGACUUUUGAUGGGAAUAAAUGGGGGCACAAUGGUCCCUAUCUGGUGUCCAGAGUGGUCCAGAGGGUGCAAAACCGACCAGGUUACAACUUUACAAUUCUACCCCCUAUCGCCUAUUACCCCGUCGAUUGGAAUAGGAUUGGGGGGCUGUUUAAGAAGCCAGGAAGCCAAGCUCAUUAUCGAUGGGUAAAAGCAAAGCUGCUUCAGCUCAGCAGGGAGACUUAUGGGGUACACUUGUGGAACAAGCAAAGUAGCCGAGUCGCGAUCGAAGAAGGAAGCAUUAUGCAGAGAUUAAUCUCCGAUCAUUGUGUCAUUUGCAGUGACAUAUACAGUUCUUAA